AUGGCAGCUUGCGACCUUGUCCACUCUGCUUACUUUCGCUGGGUAGUGGCGCUUGCCCUGGCUGCUGUGAUCCUUGGACUGUGCUUCCUCAGCUCGAUCGGGAAUGCGCUUCUCGCAGUUUGGCUUUAUGCCAUGGGCCGUUAUGUCUUGAGCAAGAAUUCGAUUCCUGUCGCUUUACCUUUCAGGAUCGCACUGGCGGCCGUGAUCUUGAUUGGCUUAGUCUUUCUGAUGCUGGCUGGGAGGAUAUCGCUUGAGGGCGGUCAAGGCUGCGAAGUUCGGGACCUUGCCAUGGAGAGCAUGGUUCGCAAGAGCCGACUGCAGCUUGAUUUUCGACUUUGCUUAAAUCCGCUGCUGGCCAUCAUUGCAAUGUAUAUGACCUUAGCUGAGCAUCCGGCUUCCAGCUACAUCCGUGAGUCCAUCCGGUGCAUCUUGUUCAUGUGCUUGGGGCAGGCCUCGCAGACGCUUCAGGUCAGCAUUCAUGCCUGCAAGGGCGGCGACAUGCAGAAUGACUUGCAGGACGCUGCCUUCCGUAGCCUGCAUGAUGCCCUGGGUUCAUAUGCUAUGGCCGCUGGCUUCCUCGGCGACAUUUGGUGCCUCCAGCUGGUAAUGAACCGCCUCCAGACGCUGGAGGAAGCCUUUGGCGAGCCAUUGCCAUGUUCAAGGUUCAUCGUUUGGCUGAUUCGCAUCGGGACCCUUUGGUUUGUGGUGGCUCCCCUGGCUUUCUUUGGCCCUAUGGGAGCGACACGAGAGUUCAUCGUGGUGAGCGUUGGCUUUGGCAUCCUCAACAUCUUGACCAUAGCACAGCUGUUUUGGUGUGCUUACCUCCCGCCACUGCAUGCCUUGAGAGACGCAAGGAAGAUACUGGGAGAAGACACUCAUGACAGCUCGACCCAGUUCGAGAGGGAGGCGACCUUUGCCAUCUGUGUCAUUCGAAAGUCCCAGGUGGCAACUCUUUUUGCGAGCUUGUCCAUGGUGGUCCAUUUGGCCGCGAUCGGCAGCGCCUGGAUGAACAUCCCGGGAGGGUGGGACGUGUACCAGUAUGCAGCCAUGAUUGAUGUUUUUGGAAAUUCUAUUUGUUUGUUGGUUCUGGCGGGAAAUUCGCUGUCUCUACCUCGUCUCUGCCGCAUUCACAGAAGCCUGGGACGAAGCAAGGCAAAGGAACCUGCGGAUACCAAGCAUGAGAACCUGCGGGACUGCACUUGCGGGAAGCAGGUGGGACACAGAACGGCUUCCCGCAGCCGCCCGGUCGACGCAUGUGCUUCCACACGUAGCUGCGACAAGUGCGCCUGGGAGGAGAAGGUCCAUGACUUGGGGAGCCGUCGCAUCUGCUUAUCCCAGCUUUUGGACUUCUACGCUCGUCUGGGGGAGAGAGGGUGCCCGGGCGAGCGGACACUGAUGCCGCAUUUCGACCCUAAUAGGUCGACAACCAACGAUGUCGUGAGACAUGCCAUCAUUCCAGAAUCUCGAUGUGGACAUGUUGGUAAGGCAUUGGCCCAGGUUCUACCCCGACGCCCUCGCAGCAGGUGGCGAUCACCGCGCCCUGUCAUGGUCACGCACCACUGGGCAAAUAGCUUUCGUGAUCUUGUGGCAGCAGUAGUGGCGAAUGGUCUCGGCUUGAAACGAUGGGACAGUAUCGCAGAGCAGCUGUCAUCAUGCAAAGAGCAGGAUUUGAAGGAAAGUUUGUACAGGCUCGGGGCGGCAGAUUGCGAGUAUUGGAUCUGCGCCAUUUGUGUAAACCAGCAUGCAAGCAUCUGCGGCUCCUCCAUGGGUGUCCGGGACACUGUGACUGGAGAGGUGCUUCCGUGGUGCGACUGUUCGACACCCAAGUACUUCAAUGACCAGCCGGUGCAGUGUGAGCUCAACAAGUUUGACAGCAUGAUGGCACACCUGCAUGACAUAUACAAAGGCGGAUUCCUGCAGGUCGUCGCCAUCGACAUUCAAUUUCAGCUCUUCUCUAGGGCAUGGUGCGUGGCCGAAUUAGUCGAGGCUAACUCCCGUCGCAUGGAGCAGCAUGUGAUGCUUCAUUCGCCUGAGACCCUGGAGAGCCACUCCGGAGCUUUGUCCUCGCUUUCGGUGGAGCACUGCUCCGCUUCCCGACCCGAGGACAAGGAGGCGAUCCUCUCGAAGAUCGGGGGGCAGCUGGAGAUCCAGGAAGAUCUGGCCAAUGAUGAGAUCAUCGAGAAGUGCCUUGAGGUGAAAGGAGGAAAGCCUGGCAAGCUGGUCCAGAUCCCGGAGGGCCAGGUCAAGAGUCUUUGCACCUCCGCGAGAGGCGUUUUCCUGGAGCAGAGCCCAUUGCUGGAGCUGGAGGCGCCGCUGAAGAUCUGCGGAGACGUCCACGGCCAAUACCACGACCUCCUUCGCCUGUUCGAGUACGGCGGUUUUCCACCUGAGAGCAACUACCUGUUCCUAGGCGACUACGUGGACCGCGGGAAGCAGAGCCUGGAGACCAUUACCUUGCUUUUUGCCUACAAGGUGAAGUUUCCUGAGAACUUCUUCUUGCUCCGUGGCAACCACGAAUGCGCAUCGAUCACUCGCAUCUACGGGUUCUACGAUGAGUGUAAGCGACGCUACAACAUCAAACUAUGGAAACAGUUCUGCCUCCCAGCUGCACCGGAGUUGAUCUUCAUGUUCGUCUCUUUCCUGUGCCGCGCAGAAGCACCGUCUAAUGCACGGAGUUUUGAGAGCGAUCUGAGAGGGAAGAGUGACUGA